AUGGUGGGAGGAGAAGAGAGAAACGGUGGUUGGUCAGAUAUCCAACAAGAAUUGUUGGAAGAGAUUCUACGAAAGUUAACAUUGGUGGAUUACCUCAAGUGUCGACGAGUAUGUCGAUCAUGGCGACGCAUAGUUGAUGAUGCUGUCGCAACCAAGGGAACAUGUCCCCCUGCUCCUCAAUUUCCAUUCCUCAUGUUGCUUCCUAAAUCUCUUGGAUCCGCCACUCUUAUAGACAUCACACAAGAAGACACUUCUUACACCAUUGCACCACCUGGAACUUGGAAACAUGGUUACAUUGAUGGAGUAUUUUUGGUUCAAGGGUGUAUGGCGUUCCGAAAAUUCUAUUAUCACAAAAAUCAGUGUUAUGAUUUGGUUUGGUUUUCCAAUCCAGUUUCUGGUGAAGAGUUUGAACUCCCACAUUUGCCACUCUUUUCAGGUCAGAUUGUUACUGAUGUUUCUGUUAAACUCGUGUUCUCGUCUACGCCAGAUUCUUCUGACUUUCUUGUGGUGGCUUGUGCUCGCAUCCUUUCUUAUCAUCCAAACAACAGAAGGAAACAACAGUUAGCUUUUUGCAAGGUCGCUGACAAGUCAUGGACUAUAAUUCUAACAGAUGAAUAUGGACCAACUUAUUUUAAUCAGUUUGUAAUUCUUGAUUGGAAAUUAUAUGCUAUGACGUCACGUGUAUCAGAUAAUUCUGUGACUGUUUUUAAUCUCAGAGAUUCCAAUAUCAUUACAUCUGAAAGGUUGGUUAUGCUCAAUCCAAAUGCAAUUCCAAAGGAAAGUCACGUUGAGGUCAAGGAUGGGGUUCAGUAUUAUACUAAAAGUGAGGUGUGUAUGACAAGAGAUGGGGAUGAGUUGUUGUUAGUUCUUCAUCUUACUGAACAUGUUAUGGAUACAUCCUUUUGGGAUACAUUAUACUUUCGGACCAAAGGAUUUCGCAUCUUUAAACUUGAUAUAUGUGGCCCUCGAUGGAUAGAGAUUGAUGAUUUGAGUGAUCGUGUUUUGUUGAUUGAUGAGAUUGGAAUUCAAGUUAUUUCUGCCAACGAAAUUAGCCUUCCUAUAAAGUUGAGCCAAGGCAAUUGUGUUUUCUUCUCUAGUCUCAACAUCUACACGCGCGAAUGUGAUCUUGGGGUCUUCUCUCUAAAGGAUAAGAGCAUGAAACCUUUAUCUCUCCAUCCCUCUUCAAAGAACUGUUUGUGGUUCAUCCCUAGUCUUUGGUAG